AUGAUGGCGCCGCAGGUAAGGAUUCCGCUAAGCCAGUUCCCCUCGGGGAAGGGGGCCGAUGCCGGCUUGCUUUCGGAGAUCGGAGUGGGUCACCGACACGCCGUUGAUAAGUGGCUGCGUCGGCGCACGCGCGUUUAGGCCCGUCAAUCAGUUGAUACCGACGUUCAUCUUAUCAGUCUGAAGACGGUUCAACAACUGUUGCUUCAUGAAAUUGCUACUAAAUCUCGCCAGACUACCGCUUGAUCGUACUUUACCUGAUUUGACGAAUCUCUUGCCAUUCUUAGAGACAAUCUUCUUGAAGAAUCCGCAACUUCCCAUAACCAAGUAUGGCAACCAUCUACAAGACCGGCGAGGAUGCUCGACUAGCAUGCCGCUCCGGUACCUUUGCCUCAACCACAGCCGGCCAAGCACCAACAUAUCUCCAAGCAAACCUCAUCGUCCUUCCACGACGGUACGCCGAUGACUUUCGUCUCCUCUGCCACCGUAACCCAGUACCGUGUCCACUUCUCGCAGAAUCAGUAACUCCCGGCGACUUCAGCAAGCUCAAGUCCUACGUCAGAUCACCGGAUGGCGAGAAGAUCCUCCCCGUGGCCACAAACAUUGAUCUCCGCCACGACUCGCCCCGAUACCGAGUCUACGAGGAUAGCAAACACGUCCCGGUAAACGACGUCUGGGAGCCCGUGAACGUGGAGGAUAAGUGGCUUGACGGCGACCACGUGGGCUUCUUGAUAGGCUGCUCCUUCAGCUUCGAGAGAGCCCUCAACGAGUCUGGACUUACGCCGCGACACAUGACGCAUGAUCGCAACGUGCCCAUGUAUCGUACCAACAUCCCGCUCUGCGCGGCGGGCGUCUUCAAGGGAGCAACGUAUGUGGUCUCUAUGAGGCCGUACAAGGUGCCGGAGAUUGAGAAAGUGAGGGAUAUCACCAGGCCUUUUGUCGCGACACAUGGGGAGCCAAUCGCGUGGGGAUGGGACGGUGCGGAGAGGAUUGGGGUCACAGACAUCACGAAGCCUCACUGGGGUGACCCAGCCCUACAGCUGGAUGGCAAAUCUGUGUUCGGACCCGAUGAUGAGGAGUACGUGCCUGUCUUCUGGGGGUGCGGGGUCACGCCACAAGAAGCUGUGAUGAGAGCCGAUAUCAAGGGCACGGUGAUGGGACACGCGCCUGGUCAUAUGAUCAUCAUGGAUGUAAGAGAAGAUGAAAUCUUUCCCAUCUCAUAGCGAUGAAGAGCUGUGUCAGCACAUAAGAUCAUGAGUCAUUCAGGGGAUUCUUCAUAGUGAUACUCAAAUUGAAUGUUCUCUCUGGAUGAAUAAGCGUCGAAGGCAGAACGAAGG